UCUGAACCUGGGACAACAGCGUGCCGUAUCACGACCUGGGACGCCGACCUUGGGCUUUGCACAUCAUUAUUAAGGCCUAUGCAAGUUUCUGGGUUCUGCAUUGUUCUCGUUGUACGACGCGGGAACAGACAGCUGUGUCCGGACACCCAAGAGGUCGAUAAACAGGUCCCGAACGCUCCGCACCCAGAAUACCGCAGUUGGCUAGUUACUCGGUUACAUGUCCGCGGCCUUUUCAUCUUCCCCUGGUCUAGCGCGCGCCUCCGCGGGGCCCUCGGGCUCCCUCUUCGUCCAGACGCCGCACCCCACCCGCACGAAGCGGCCUCCAUCCGCAACACUCGUCAACAACGGAACCGCCUUCGCAUGGUUCGUCUUUGUCACUGUCAGCAGCGGGUUGUGGGGGGCUACCGGUGUUUGGGGGGUUCUUUGGGCUUGCUGCUUUUGGGGGUGAGCGGCCUGCAGCCCCGCUCGCCUCCUUGGGUGCUGGCUGUGGGGUCCUUAUGUACGUCGUGGGUUGCGUGUGACUGGGUGUUUGGUUGCGCUGCCGGUGGCUCGCCCCCACCGCCGGCUGUGUUGCCUGCACCUAGUGGCGUGUGGCUGUUGACAACUGUGCUGCGUCUGGCUGCGGUUGGCUCUGCUGUGGCAUCGCGAUUGCUAGGCACCUGGUUUGGCUAUGUGCCUGUGGAAACCGACCCCGGCUAUGUCCGGGCGAUGAGGUUCGGCCUCAGACUGUGGAGGGGCUCAGCCCCUUUUCCCGUGACCGGGGAACACUUGUCAGCUAAGGUAACUACAUCGGCAAUCACUCGGCUGUGGUUGGCGAGGCGCGGAAGCGUGGAGCGUUUGAAGCGCCUCAAGAGCAGACUUUACUGGCUGCCAGCGCCUAGUUGGAGCGCAUGCGCUGCCGGGGCGUGCAGGUGGCGUGCAACAUGCUGUGGCUGCUGCAGCACCAGUACUACGGCGCACCCCGGCCGCAGUACUUGUGCCAUCAGCCGGUGGCGGGCGGCUGCUGUGGUGCCCCAAGCCCCGACAGCAGCCGACGAGAUGCUCACUUGGAACCAUGGAUGCGCAGGCAGGUAGCGGGUCAAAACCGUGAUCGCAAUUGCGUGGUGAUGCGCACAGUGGUGCGAGUAAGCAGGACUAUGGAAGUCGCCUCCCUUCUGCGUACUGGGAGCGCAGUAGUGUACUACUGUUCAGUGUGUGCUAUUUGCAUGAUACUGUUUGCAUAUCGGACAGGGUACAAACGACUCGGGAAUUCGAGUGUAGGGGAGGAAGUUAUCAAAGCACGGCAGCAGGCGGUGGCGGCAGAUUACGGCGGCGGCGGAGUACAGCGGCGGCGGAGUACAGCGGCGGCAGAGUACCCGCGGCUGGGUUAAUUAUCAAGAAUUGCUCAGUGCCUAAGUGGCUUCACCGGCCUGACAUGAGAAAGCAUCUUCCCACGCCAGGUACCCAGCAUGGCGGCCAAGCGCCAUGCCAGUAGUUGGGUGGAACGUCCAGGCUGCUUCGUGACGGCUGAGGGGAACGUGAGGCCUGCGGCUGGGGGAGCUGGGGCGGAGGUGAGGGGCGUCCCAAGGCUGCAGUUCGUCGGCCGCGGCGAGCCGCAGUUGCCCGCGUGCUUGAAUGGUUCGGAUUGUAUAGAGCCGCUUGUUUCAUAUAGUUCAAUUUUUGACGGUGAGGUCGGGAUGGGUUCGCAGGCCGGAAA